ACCAGAUAUGGGUAGGUUUUGGUCUUGGUGAGGUAUUGAGACAUACGAGCACUUUGUUAAAAUGAUUGGAGAUCCCUAUUGAAACUUCGGACUGCUACAUGACACCUACUUUUCCUUUCUGAUUCGGUUUCAUUUUCAAUACCAUCCGAACUGCCUGAACAGAGCAUUGGCAACUAAUUCCAGAGUACACCUGGCCGCCACAACCACCAGCACGAAAACGGAAUUUCAGCCACAGUGACCUCCUCCUCCUCCACUCCACUUCAACUGCUGCUCAAAGCGGCGGGCAGUACACUAAUGUGAAGCAAGGAUCCGGCCACUGGUCACUUGCUUGGAGCUCAGGCGACUGGUCUGGCGCAUUUCAACUCUGAAGACACACAAUGACCCGGUCUCAAUAGAGAAGCAUCGCCAUGUUCUCCUCUUCAGGGAGUGGGAAGAAGCCCUCACAACAGCAGGAAAUGGUCCAAGUUGACCGCUCAGAUUCUGCAUCACCAUUUUGGAAACCACCCCCACGCGAGAACGCACCGAAAAGAACAGGUCGCGACACAAACCUGGUUGUUGGAGCCGCGUAUUCGCAUGCCGAUAUUCUUAAGUUCGAUUCGUUAAACCUUUCCAACUCGUCUAUACCGAAAACCCCUACGUCGUCCCACUCUACCAAAGGCAGACCCAGCGAUGCUUCCCCUCCGUCGCGGCCCCAAUCAGGCAUGUCAUCGCCUCCGAUCAAGAGCUACAUUAAUUUCCUCUCCAACACGAACGAUGACUGGAAAGCGGACGAGGACGAGGAGGAUAUGAUGGGCUACGAGGACGACGACGGCGAUGACUUCGGCUUACCUAGCCUGUCCAACAUGAAGAGGCGAACGCGCAAAAUGGCCGCUCAAAACAAGCCUGACACAAAUGGAGGCCUCUCGCCAAUGACCGACUCAUUCGGUGGACUGGGGUUGCAGACCAGGAGAUAUUCGAAUAGCGCGGAUAUUGCUAUUGAAAGGCCUGCGCCGACUUAUCCGAUGCCGAAGAAGAGCGAAGGGAAGAUAUUGCGGCCGCAGUACAAGGAGAUACUGAGGGAUCCGGCAAACGCUUUGCAUUUAAUUGAUCAUCCCGCUGUACCCGCUAAUGCGACGCCGAAGGAAAUUGACGCUGCUAAUUCCAGAAUAACUCGCAUCAACAAGUUCAAAAAGCUCCUCCAGGCUUCGACCAUACCUCUACAGGAGCUUCGGCAGCUCGCUUGGUCCGGCGUGCCCCAGGAGGUUCGCGCCAUGACAUGGCAACUCCUUCUGAGCUAUAUGCCAACAAAUAGCGAGAGGCGAGUCGCUACUCUGGAAAGGAAACGAAAGGAGUACCUUGAUGGAGUGCGACAGGCUUUCGAGCGCGGCGGUAGCGUUUCCGGUGGAAGCGCUGGUUCAAGCACUGCGCCGCCAGGAAAAGCGCGGGGCCUGGAUGAGGCGAUCUGGCAUCAGAUCAGCAUCGACGUUCCAAGGACGAACCCUCAUAUUGAACUUUAUUCUUAUGAAGCGACUCAGCGGUCCCUGGAGCGGAUUUUAUAUCUUUGGGCUGUGCGACACCCAGCCAGCGGCUAUGUGCAGGGUAUCAAUGACUUGGUGACGCCUUUCUGGCAAGUCUUUCUUAGCACCUACAUUGCCGAUUCCGAUAUAGAAUCUGGCAUGGAUCCUGGUCAACUGCCGAAGCCAGUGCUAGACGCUGUAGAGGCAGACUCGUUUUGGUGUUUGACAAAGCUCCUUGACGGCAUCCAGGACCAUUACAUUGUGGCCCAGCCAGGCAUUCAAAGGCAAGUUGCUGCCCUCCGCGACCUCACGGCUCGGAUUGAUGCUGGGCUGGCAAAGCAUUUAGAGAAGGAGCAUGUGGAAUUCAUCCAGUUCAGCUUUCGGUGGAUGAACUGUCUUUUGAUGCGGGAGAUAAGUGUACGAAACACGAUCAGGAUGUGGGAUACGUACUUGGCUGAGGAACAAGGUUUCUCUGAAUUCCAUCUGUAUGUUUGCGCGGCUUUCUUGGUCAAAUGGUCGGAUAAGCUGGUCAAGAUGGAUUUCCAGGAAAUAAUGAUGUUUCUGCAAAGCCUGCCUACGAAGUCAUGGACGGAAAAGGACAUUGAACUGCUGCUAAGCGAAGCUUUUAUUUGGCAGAGUCUCUUCAAGGGGUCAUCAGCACAUUUGAGGGGACAGCCAAGCCGAACACCCUCUGCAAACAUGCAGUUGUAGUUUCAUUUCGCUGGGCCAUUUAGGGGCCCGAUUGAUGAGAGGAUAAGAGAGCGAGAGGCAUAAUGAAAUUAUAGGCGUCCCGGACUUGUCAGGACGAAUAUGUAGCUUACCUAGAUGCCUAGGUAGGUAGACAAUGACACCCCGCUGAUGGGAUCAAUACCACACUGUACAAGGUACAGUGUUGGGCACAGUAAACCCGCUC